UGUCAAGUUUGUUAUUGUGUGGGGUGAGGUUAUGAGAAUAUUUUAUUUAAAAUUAAAUUAUUCUAGGUAUUGAUAACAUUGAUCGACGAUAUAAAAUAUUACGAAAAAUAAUUCAGUAUGGCAUUUUCUCCUCUAAGAAUAAGUUUCCUUCAUAAGGCGAUACAGAAUUAUGGCACUCUCCUCUCACGACCCUUGGGCUACAAAAGUUCAGUUUCUUUGGACACUCUUUAUCCAAAUAGUUCACUGAAGCUCAGUACACCUUCGUUUAAUCCUGAUCCCAAAGAAAAAUUCUCCGGUUUCAUUCCAAUAGAUAAAUUAGACAUCACAUACAGUGCCAGCUCCGGCCCAGGCGGACAGAAUGUCAACAAGGUUCAUACAAAAGUAGAUCUGAGGUUCAAAUUGAGUGACGCAGAUUGGAUACAUCCGGAAAUUAGAGAAAAAAUGUUGGAACUUCACGGCAAGAAGUUAACUAGAGAGGGUUAUCUAAUAGUCCGGUCAGACGCGACCCGCUCCCAACAGCUGAACCUGGCUGACUGCCUGAGGAAGCUGCGGGAGAUCAUACGAGAUGCUGCUGUUACCAAGCCAGAGCCAUCUCCUGAGACCCAAGAAAAAAUUCGACAGAGACACUUGAAGGCGGCCCGGCUCCGCGUGGCCGUCAAGCGCGAGGAGUCCCUCAAGCGAGCCAUGAAGCAGCCGCCCGUCCUGGACUUAUGAUUCUUCCAUUAAAUUGGGCAUAGCCAGAGAAAUCCUGGAUUGUUUUGACUCUGUUGAUUGUUGUGAAUAAAUUAGAUUAUUAAUUAUAACUUA